CUUGGGACUAACCGUUUGAGUCGGGCGAAUAUUCGAACAGGCAGUGUGAAUAAAGUGCAUAUUCCGCAACCGUAGCCCCUGCGAGCGAGUGUGAGUGAGUGAAUGAGAGUAUGAGUGCACGACUACGAUUGCCUCUUAUCUAACUACCCGCAAGAUCUAAUCGCCAUCGGAGCAAGAUAACAGUGAUAUAAAGUUCAAAGUGCGCCCCCAGCACGAGUGCAAGUGGAACUUUUGUACAUGUACACGACAAUUAGAAGGAGAACUACAACUACCAACAGCGAAAGCAAAAGCAACAAAAUGUCCAACUGCCAAAGUUCAGUGUUCAUAGCCGUAGGCACCCUGCUCUCCAUUUUGGCGGCAGUGCAGGCGGCUCCAGUAUCCACCACCACACAGGCCGAGAUGUAUCUCUCCCAGUUCGGCUAUCUGCCCGCCUCCGCCCGCAAUCCUGCCAACAGUGGACUCCAGGACAAGUCAACAUGGCUGAACGCCAUCCAGGAGUUCCAGAACUUUGCCGGCCUCAACAUUACCGGCGAGCUGGACGACGAGACCCUGAAGCUGAUGUCCCUGCCCCGUUGCGGAGUGAGGGAUCGCGUCGGCACGGGCGACAGUCGUUCGAAGCGCUAUGCCCUGCAGGGCAGUCGCUGGCGGGUGAAGAACCUCACCUACAAGGUCUCCAAAUACCCCAAGCGGUUGAAGCGCGUGGAUGUCGAUGCUGAGAUUGGCCGCGCCUUUGCCGUUUGGUCCGAGGACACUGAUCUGACCUUCACGAAGAAGACCACCGGCCCCGUGCACAUCGAAAUCAAGUUCGUAGAGAGCGAGCAUGGCGAUGGCGAUGCCUUCGAUGGACAGGGCGGCACCUUGGCCCACGCCUUCUUCCCCGUUUUCGGUGGCGAUGCACACUUUGACGACGCAGAGCUGUGGACUAUUGGCUCGCCCCGCGGCACCAAUCUGUUCCAGGUGGCGGCUCACGAAUUUGGACACUCCCUGGGCCUGUCGCACUCCGACCAGAGCUCGGCUCUGAUGGCGCCCUUCUACCGCGGCUUCGAGCCUGUGUUCAGGCUGGACGACGACGACAAAGCGGCCAUCCAGUCGCUGUAUGGCAAGAAGACCAACCAGCUGAAGCCCACCAAUACUUACCCGCCCAGCACGCAACGCCCCUCGUUUACGCCACCAAAGGUGCCGCUGGACGACAGCAUCUGCAAGGACUCCAAGAUCGAUACGCUCUUCAACUCGGCCCAGGGCGAGACGUACGCCUUCAAGGGCGACAAGUACUACAAGCUGACCACGGACUCCGUGGAGGAGGGCUACCCCCAGCUCAUCUCCAAGGGAUGGCCGGGACUGCCGGGCAACAUCGAUGCCGCCUUCACGUACAAGAACGGAAAGACGUACUUCUUCAAGGGCACCCAGUACUGGCGCUACCAGGGACGACAGAUGGACGGCGUCUAUCCCAAGGAGAUCAGCGAGGGAUUCACCGGCAUUCCCGAUCAUCUGGACGCGGCCAUGGUCUGGGGAGGCAAUGGCAAGAUCUACUUCUUCAAGGGCAGCAAGUUCUGGCGCUUCGAUCCCGCCAAGCGGCCGCCCGUCAAGGCCAGCUACCCCAAGCCCAUCUCCAACUGGGAGGGGGUGCCCAACAACCUGGACGCGGCGCUCAAGUACACCAACGGCUAUACGUACUUCUUCAAGGGCGACAAGUACUAUCGAUUCCACGAUGCUCGCUUUGCGGUGGACACUGCCACGCCCGCCUUCCCCAGACCGACGGCACAUUGGUGGUUCGGCUGCAAGAAUACGCCCUCGUCCACAGGUAAUAUUGUCGAGGGCUCGGACUCUGAGUACGAACAGCACUCGAUGGUAUCGCAUGCCGAUGAUGGUAAUAGUGAUUUUGAUUUGGACGCAGCAGUUGGCGAUCACCAAAGCAACGACGAGCCCAUCGGACCGGAAGUGGCCGAGCGUACGGGUUCCGGAGCCAUGUCCGUUUCGCAGAUGACUGGCAGCUCGGCAGUCAACACUGUGAUCUCCACCAUCCUGUUGUGCUUCAUCUCCAAACUGAUUGUUAGCUAAAAGAGCCAGGCAGAGCAUUUUCCGAAACACUUAGGAACUUAGGAAAACUGAACUAACUGAAAGCCGAAACAACUCAAGUAAAAUUUCUAAAAUUUUACCGCACGUUGGACACCGAAAAUGCUUGAAAUUCAAAUGCGUAACAUCAUAUCGAAUACAAUGAGAGGAAAUGCAAAUCAAAAUAGUCCCAACAAAAAUUGAAAUCAAACAGAAUAUCAAUUGUAAAUUGAGCGAUCAGCAUGUGAAACAGGUGCCUUAUCAAAUAUCUUUGUUGUUGUGUAAAUAAAAUCAGCCUUAAAUAUAAUAAAAUAGUUGAUAACAUUCCGCAUUCUAAACGACAAAAACCAAUCAGGAGUCAUGUCAUAGCAGACGUUCUUAUUGUAUUCUACUGUUUUGGUAAUGACAAAUUGCGAUAUUAAACUUAACGAGCCAUAUGCCAGGAAUUCGAGAGAAAACCAAACGUUAAAACAUCAAAUGAACGAUUCGACCUAUGUUAAAUGUAAUUUAGUUUAGAUAUAAUUGUUAAUGUCUGCACGUGGAACACGGAAUACUAAGAAGCCCGAGCUUCAGUUCUUAAAGUUCUUAAAGCUGUGUAACAACAUUACUGCAAACUAUAGUAUCAGUGUUUUAAGUUUUUGAUUGAACAAAAAGUGACUUGAAUUGACUUGACUUGACUUGACUGGACGACCCAUAUCAUCAUCGAGUACAUUUGAAUAUUUUAUAAGUGAUAUUUAAGCCAGUCCGUUAAGCGAUAUUUGUUCGGGUUUAAUAUUUAAAACCGAAAUAUUAUUUAAUUUACGUAUU